GGCACGAAGCAGAGGAUAUUGUGGUAGGCGCUGGAUUUUGCACAAAAACUAGUUCCAUACUUCUCAUUUCGACAUAACAAACAGUGUCUUCAUUGCUUCCCAUAAUGGUCCAACUCUCACUUCCCCGUUUCAGUCGACCACCCUUCAGCCUCCACCUCCCACAAUGAUCCCGACUCUAUCCUUUGACUCGGACUCGGAAUCUUCAUCCUCGACUGAAACUGAAUGGGAAGUGUACGCGCGGCUGUUACUUCCUCGAAAGAGAGGAUACCCACUAUGGCUACCAAAACCUCACCAGGGUUUACCAGAAGAAUAUAGACGGGUGGGAGUGCGCAUUGGAGAUGUGGGAAUUCUAAAUGAGCUUGGAGGGUUUGACUAUCUCUUCAAUGCAUGCCUUCCUGCAGAUCAUCCAGUGAACAUAGGUCGGGUUCCUCCUGAUUUCAGACACCUUCAAGGUGUCGAUGCUAGCGGAACUACUGAACUCGCACAGAAUUGUCGUGCAGGUUCCCACGUUGCUAGUAAUCCUUCUCAAAUCCACCGAUCAAGAAUUCCAUAUUUCCCGGGACAGCAAAGAAUUCCCGGGGUGUCCAAAGAAGUUGGGGCGGGAUUAUCUUUCACAUCGUCAGCUACCAAAGGUUCUCUACUUAUCCUUCCCGAGGGUGCAAGUCAGAUCGAUCACCAAGAAUAUACCAAGUUCUAUCGCUUUGCCGCAGAAUGUGCUCAGUCUUGGUACACGUACGUUAACGGUCCCUUGGCCCGAGGAGCUCACAAUGGAUCACUGUAUCUUGUCACUGGAUGUGACAAAGCGCGCGCUUGGGGAGUAGCAUCGUUU